UGAUGUGUAAUAACUUGAAAAAUCUUCACAUGGUUUGGAGGCUUGAAAAAUUCACAUGUUGGAAAGAAUGGCAUGGGCUUAAAAGUUAGAGAACACAAAUUUCACAAUCCCCUUCAUGUGGCAGGUUGGAUUUCUGCAGAUGUAACAUCACAGUUAUGUUUUCUUCUGCUGUGCCAGUUCUGCUAAGUUUUCAUUCAGCUGCAACUGUGAAAAUGUUACAUUAUUUAACCCAUGUGAUUCUGAGAGGUUUCCCCAAAGGUUCUGCCCUGAAGCUCGAUCCAAGGUUCUUGUCAUCGGAUGAUUUGAGCAGGCGUUGGAGUGGAAAUGGUACAUUUUGCAAAGCAGACAGGGAUACUUUCAACCUUCUGUUGUCUUUUUCAGAUUGGAUACAGCCAUUGAAGGAGAACCAGCUGAAGAACCUCCUGCAAAAUUUAGGUCUGCUGACAGGAGGAGUUUGAACAUUGCAAGCUCGGGGCAAACCCAGAGCCUGAGUCUGGUUAACAUUGAUCCCGAGCUGUGAGCCUCCGCCG